AUGGAAUCCGUCAAUGAACAAGAGGAUAUUCAUCGAGAAGACUUCUUCGAUGACCCGAAUUACGAGUCUAAGAUCGUGUGGGUUAAUCAAAUCUCGAGGGUUAUCCCCAAGUUUAAUUUGGCUGUCUUCGAUUCCCCUACCGAAGAGAUGAAGGGUCACCUAAAACCUUUACUAUUGACCUUGAUGAUUGAAGGUCACGAGGUGAACAAGGUAUUGGUUGAUGGAGGUGCGGCUGUGAAUAUCUUGCCCAAGACAAUGCGAAAGAGGUUUGGGAAAUUGAUGACCGAUUUGAAGCCUCAUAAUAUAUUGAUCUCAGACUAUGCGGAAAAGUCUUCACACCCUAAAGGUAUGAUUCUGCUCGAUGUGCAGAUUGGAAGUGUGAAGAGGAUGACCAUGUUUAUCGUAACGCCAUCCAAGGCGAAUUUUAACGUCCUGCUAGGUCGAGAGUGGAUCCAUGGGGUAGGAGGUGUUCCUUCCACGGUGCAUCAAAAGAUCUUCUUCUGGAACGAUGAUGAAGGGUUGGAGGUUCUCAAGGCUGACUAG